CACUCGGCGGAGGCGGCGCUGGCGGGGACUAGUCUCGUCCGGAGACUGGCAGCGGCGGCGGCGGCGGCGGCCGGAGCUCGAGCCCCAGCGGCUGAGGGCGGGCGGGCGGGCGCGGGGGAGGGAGGGGGGCCGGUCCGCGACGACUCCCCGGACGGCGUUUCUCCUCCGAGCGGCGCCGGUUUCGGCUUGGGGGGGGCGGGGGUACAGCCCAUCCAUGACCAUGGGCGACAAGAAGAGCCCGACCAGGCCAAAAAGACAAGCGAAACCUGCCGCAGACGAGGGGUUUUGGGAUUGUAGCGUCUGCACCUUCAGAAACAGUGCUGAAGCCUUUAAAUGCAGCAUCUGCGAUGUGAGGAAAGGCACCUCCACCAGAAAACCUCGGAUCAAUUCUCAGCUGGUGGCACAGCAAGUGGCACAGCAGUAUGCCACUCCACCACCCCCUAAAAAGGAGAAGAAGGAGAAAGUUGAAAAGCAGGACAAAGAGAAACCUGAGAAAGACAAGGAAAUUAGUCCUAGUGUUACCAAGAAAAAUACCAACAAGAAAACCAAACCAAAGUCUGACAUUCUGAAAGAUCCUCCUAGUGAAGCAAACAGCAUACAGUCUGCAAAUGCUACAACAAAGACCAGCGAAACAAAUCACACCUCAAGGCCCCGGCUGAAAAACGUGGACAGGAGCACUGCACAGCAGUUGGCAGUAACUGUGGGCAACGUCACCGUCAUUAUCACAGACUUUAAGGAAAAGACUCGCUCCUCAUCGACAUCCUCAUCCACAGUGACCUCCAGUGCAGGGUCAGAACAGCAGAACCAGAGCAGCUCGGGGUCCGAGAGCACAGACAAGGGCUCCUCCCGUUCCUCCACGCCAAAGGGCGACAUGUCAGCAGUCAAUGAUGAAUCUUUCUGAAAUUGCACAUGGAAUUGUGAAAACUAUGAAUCAGGGUAUGAAAUUCAAAUCCUCCACCUGCCCAUGCUGCUUGCAUCCCUGGAGAAUCUUCUGUGGACAUCGACCUCUUAGUGAUGCUGCCAGGAUAAUUUCUGCUUGCCAUGGGCAUCUGGCCACCAAGGAAUUUCGCACCCUGACGAUUACUCUUGACACUUUUAUGUAUUCCAUUGUUUUAUAUGAUUUUCCUAACAAUCAUUUAUAAUUGGAUGUGCUCCUGAAUCUACUUUUUAUAAAAAAAAAAAAAAAAUCUGCUGUGCACAAUUUUCCAUGUACAUUACAACUGGUUUUUGUUUUUGUUUUGUUGCGGGGGGAGGGUUGGGAGGGGGAGGGAACUUUUAUUUAUUGUGUUCACAAACUCCAUCCUUUCAGCAUAUCCUUUUAAGUUUAGUUCUUUCUUCCAGUUAUACUAUGUACUAUCAGUUUUGAUAUAACUAUAUAUAUAUAAAUAUAAAAUUAUAUAUAAAGGGUUAUUUGAAACCAAUCCAUGGCAACGCUGGUGCUUGAUACACUGUGAAGUGAAUACAACAUUGAACAGUUACAGAUCUGGGACAGUCCCUUCUAUGAAAGUGCUGAAAUUUAACUAAAAUCAGUCUUACAUGAAGUAUGUUCCAAUCCAUGUGGGAACUUGACUCUCUCAUCUGUCUAAAGAAUACUGGACGACAUAAAAAUAUAUAUUUUUUAAACAAUGUGAUCUCAAAUUUAAAGACUGCUCCAGAUAGCCUGCAUUUGCAAUGAAAUAACUGACAAAUCACAAGUGGUUUAGUUGGGGAGGGCUUUGAUCAUUCAGAAGUAACUAAACUAGCUCCAGAAUGCCAAGUAUUCGUGUAAAUUAUGGUUACAUGUUAUCAUUUGCUGUUCUUACAUAAAUACUCAUGAAAAUAUGGUAUUCUGUAACUCGAAUUCCAUCCUCCAUUUUCCAGACCUCUACUCAUGUCUGAGGUAAAUCUAGAAAUUGUUUUAGUUUUAGGAUUGAAACGGUCUAUAAACUGUAUUUUUGGUCCAUGCAGGAAGCUGUCCCUUGUUUCUACAUGACAUUGCAGUGGUGGUUUCUGUAAUUAAAAUUUGUUUGCCUCAUGUCCCUUCGUCUCAUAAACCUUCACUCUACCGAUUCGGUUGUGAGCAUUCUUUGUUUUUCCUUCUCAGAACCUACUAUGAGUUGUUUUACUGAACAAAGGUUAUCAACCACACAUCUAGUCCUGACAUGGAGCUUUUCAGUGUUUGGAGACGUUUCUCAAUCUCCUGCUGUGGUAGGAACUCCAGUGGUGAAUGGCUUGCGCGCCUGCAGCCAGAGUUGCAGGGAAAGCUCGUACUUACUGCGAGCAGCAUGUAAUCUUUUUUCUUCCUGGACGUAAAGAUAGCUUGAAUAAACUGUUCUAUUUCAUUCUCUUCACUCUCUUUACUGUCUUGCAAAAAAAAAAAAAAAAAUAAUAUAAUGAUAAUCGAAGACCACUAAUACAAUUCCACCUCUCCUUAUUAAAAUAAUUUUUUAAAUUUUUGUUUUGCUCUUGUUUGGAUGUGGGGUCUCUCUUCUAUUUGACUUUUACAUUUAGAUACAGAGUUUGUAGUACUUCAGAGACAUUUCAAGCAUGAGAAUUUGAGGUUACCUCUCUUUAUUUGACGUUUAGGGACUCACGGGAGGGCAGCCUAAUUUGUAAUGAAGCACCACAUUUUGGUGUUAAAAACCUGGUUUGCUUAAUAAUAGAAGUAAUUUCUGUCUGUGGAGGCAACAAAUAAAAAAAUUAACAGCUUGAAUUGAGUAGCCAACAGGAAAGGUUCCUUUCACAUUUACAUUAAAACUAUUCUGUAGUCACUAAUGUACCAUAAUUUAAAUUCUUUUCUCAAAGGUAUAGAUUAUAAAGCAGUGCCAUUUGUUGCUGUGGUCCUAUUCUCAAAUGCAUGGACAAUGUUCCCCCGUUUUUAAAAUAAUGCUUGUGUCUGGGAUGCAAGCUACGCUUAUCUUUUUAAAUACAUUUUUAAGGUAUUUAUUAAUGAACCAAAGGAAAUCAGAUGCUUUCUUUAGGCAUCAGAAUAUAUAAUACAAAGUGAUUUGACUAUGAAUUUUCAAUCCACAUUUUAAUAUUAGUGGGAUAUUGCAAAGACAUUCCUUCUAAAGUUUUAAUAUUCCUUUUAUUAAGGGUCUCAGGGAGGGUAAAUUAGUCAGCCAUAUUUAUUUUCCAGAGGUUUAAGGAAUUGCUGUUUUUAACUUUUUAAAAAAAAAAAAACUUAAAUGCCACCAAACUCCUGUAGGUUGCACUGCUUUUUGAACCAAUAAGUGUUGGUAUGCACUUUGUUCAGACACACUGUGUACUUUUUCAAAAACUAGUUUCAUGUAAAGUGAUUGGACCCCAUAGAUUAGUGGAAAAAGCUGAUUAACCAGCUACUCAUAGGCUGCUAAUUCAUUCAUGCCAAUGUUUUGGUUUUUCAGUUUUGCCUCCGUGAUAAAUUAAAGAAUGGGGAGGGGUGAAGGAAGGGGAGGAUUGCUUUAGAACAAGUGGCAUGAAAUUACCAUCUUCAUAGAAACCACAGCUAACAGUGGGAGUUAUCUAAGCAAUCAGAUUGGAUAGGGCCAGCCCUUUAGUUGCUGUGGUGUAUUCUGUUGGGUAGUGAGGUAGUAGGUACUUUAUAGACUUUUAAUUUUGGAAAUUGAUGACAUCCCUCAGGCAUGUAUUCUGGAAAUGGAACUCCUGUAACUUCCUGUGUCUGCAGUUUGCCCUACAAUUAGUAGGCAGCGUGUAAAAACACUAGUGUAGAUUAUAAAGAUAUAUAUUAAAAGAGGACCAGAAAUACUUGGUAUUCAGUGGCACAGAAAGCAGGUUAAACAAAAAGCACAGUGUUAUGCUUGCAAGUUUCCAUUUGUUUUAAUACCACGCAAUCUUUUACACUCGUGCGUGUGCACGCGCACAGAGCUUACCUGACUUUGCUCUGCUUGAGUCAUGCAGUUAAAAAAAAAAAGACAUCUUGACACCCACACAAUAUUCUAAUCAAAACCUUUCAGUUUCAAUCUGGAUAUUUAAAAACAUUGGCAGAAGCUUCUGUGAGUUUAGUUCCACUAAGAUGUUUCACCUGCCUUAUCAAGACCAUUCUCAGUCUACUUUUUUAAGCUACCGUAUCUUAAAUUAUUGAAAAUUUAUUAAUUGCUGAAUAUAUAAUAACCUUUGCUUGUAUGUAACCGAAAAUGGUUUAAGAGCCAACAUUUAGAGUAUGACAAUGGAGCUGAACAGUUUUUAAUGCGCAAGCAGUUCUGUUCUUGUGUAUGACUUGUAACCUUAAUUUACUGUGUAAAGAUGGUUACAUUAUUUCCUUAGCUUUGUUUGUUGGAGACAAAUAGAGAAUGCUUGUUAAGUAUGUCAAAACAAUCUUAUCUUGUGAAUUUUUGUUAAUGUAUUAUACGAGCUAUAUUUUUCAUUUGCCCAGAAAGACAGCUUGUAUAACGCUUUUGGAAGUUUCUGCUCUGUAAUGUCUUUAGAGCUGACAGUCUGUUAGGUUUGUUUUUUUUCUUCAUGCUAAGGUGUCAGUUGGUGGUUUUGUGAACUGGUCAAAAAUUCACAGGUCUUAAAUGUUUUGGGGGAAAUUUAUAUUGGACACUGCUCUUUGUCUAGCAAAUAAAAGAUGUUAAUAUAUUCCUGUUACUGGCAUGUGCACGACUAUGUUAUUAGAAGCCACUUUAUCAUUUUCCUGCUUUAAAUAGAAAUGUCUAUUUAUGAAUUCUGCUUGUAGUUUUUUCACAAAUAAAAUAGUAAAAUUUACAUUGGAAA